AUAACAGAGUAAAGAGUAAAGCACUAAAGGUCUUAUGAAUAACAGCAUUAUCUAAUCCAAUGCAGCUCAUUUGAGUAGAGUCAUUAACAUGACAUUGUUCAACUGAACGUUCUACAGUUUGCUCUGACGUAUUAGUUUUUAAGAAAUGGCCCCAAAAGAAUCUGACUGGAUUCAAGGAGCUGAGGAACGCGCCGCGCAAAAGAAAACUCAUGUCAGUUUUCCUCAACUGAAGUACCCGUCUUUACGAGAUGAAGCUUUCAGAGAUCCUAUACAAUGGCUUACCGGCAAAGCUAUGGACGACGGUGCAGAAGGACUUUGGAGGGUGCAUGACAAAUUGUAUGAUUUCACGGAUUUUGUAAAGAAACAUCCCGGAGGUGAAGAAUGGCUGGAAUUAACUAAGGGUACCGAUAUAACGGAGGGUUUCGAAUCGCACCACAUAAGCCCUUCAACAGGGAAAAUGCUAAAUAAAUUUUAUGUGAGGGACGCAAAAACACCGCGGAACUCUCCAUUUACAUUUCAUGAAGACGGCUUUUAUAAAACGCUAAAGAGGGCAGUUUACGAUGAAUUAAAGAAAAUACCAAAAGAUGCGUCUCUGACAGCUGAUAGAAUUACUGAUGGAUUAUUCGCAACUCUUCUAUGCAGUUCCAGUUUAGCUUGCUGGUUCGACAACAAUUGGCUGGCGAAUUUUUGGUACAUCGUUGCAUCAUUAAGUUUAGCUACGUUGACAGUGACUUGCCAUAACUUUAUUCAUCGUAGAACAAAUUGGAGAAUGUACCUAUUUAACAUGAGCAUGUGGUCUUACAGAGAUUUCAGGGUAUCCCAUGUUCUUUCUCAUCACCUGCAUACAAAUACGCUGAAUGACUUGGAAAUAAGCUCACUUGAACCAUUCCUGUUUUAUAAUCCAAGAAAAGACAAACCACUGCAUGCAAGGCUGGGAUUUAUAACUGAAUAUCUCUUUUUUCCUUUUACGUUUUUAUUGAGCUUCAGUAAAAGAUUUCUCAGCAUAUUCCUCCGUGAAGGGUUUUUCAAAGCACAUUACCGUUGGCACGACGCCAUUGGCUUCUUGUUGCCCCUUUGUAUGUGGUUCACAAGUGGGAGCUCUGUUCCCCACGUACUCUAUACAUGGCUUUGGAUAAACUGUACUGGCAGUUUGGUGUUCUUCCUGAUUGCUGUUAAUGCAGCUCAUCAUCAUCCUGAUGCUAUUAAAGAUGGUGAUGAACCCCGAAGUUUGACUCCAGAUUGGGGUGAACAUCAGGUAGAAGCUCUUCUAGAUCGGAAGGACAUAAAUGGCAAUACAUUCGCUGUGAUGACACUUUUCGGGGACCACGCACUUCACCAUAUGUUUCCAACUCUUGAUCAUUCGAUACUCAAAUACCUCCAUCCAGUGUUCAUAGAAUUGUGUGAAAAAUAUCAAGCAAAUUAUAGAGUCUCAACGCAAUUCCAAAUGGUACUUGGUCAGAUACAAGAAACAAUGCGGACCGAUUUUAAAACACAACCAAGUAAAUAAAUGAAAAGCCCUCGCUUGGCUAAAAUAUUGCCAGGUCAUCUUAGUUUAUUAAAAAUAAUUAAGUGUAGAAUGGAUUGUUUCUUUCGAAAAUUGAGUCAAUUCAAAUCCAUACCUAUGACGUAAUAAAUAAAUGGUUUAAUAAUUGAUA